CUUAGUGCCAUCCUGGGUCAGUCGUUCGUCGUACGACGCGUCGUCAGCCUUUUGCUAAAAGUACAAAAAAUGCCAACCGUGAACUUAAAAUUAUUCUCCAUUCAAAACCAACAGAAAUAUCACUAUUUAAAUACUCAAAAACGCGCAUGAAAAUACAUAUUUUUUUUCGCGAAAUAGUGUGGCAAAACCUUAAACUUGUUUCGCAUUGAAUUUUAUGUAUGUGCAACUGUUAAAUAAACGAUUUUUAUCUACAAAUAUGUAAUACUUACGUGUACUAAGCAUUGUUUAGUAAAAAAAUAUUAACCGGAACGUUUUUGAACAGUGCAAGGUGAUUUUCCGUAUAACAAGUGCAUUUUUUCCGCUGAAUUUGUGAAAAUGAAUCAGAACAGCAGCGCUAAACAUAGGAAAAGACCUAAAAGUGAGAACCAGGCUCAGGAUAAUGUGGGAAGUGGUAAAAUUCCACAGCAUCUGAAGCAGUCCAUUGCCAAGAACUUGUUCUGCGUUCUGGGCAAUUUGUUUGGUCUUCAGAGCAGCGAAAAUGCUGACGUUGGACCUCAGAGACCAAGUAAAGAGACGAUAGUCUACAGUACAAGUAAUUUUAAUAUACCCCAAACGCAGUCAGCACCACCCCCAACACAAUUUCCCCAAACCGAAGUGAUCAUUAUCCCAAAUAAACCAAGAAAAAGCAUUUUUUUGGCUUAUGUUUUCUGGUUAUUCGGUGGAGUUUUUGGACUUCACCUUUUCUACUUGGAGAGGGACGCACAUGCUUUUCUCACAUGGAGUACACUCGGAGGAUACGGUUUGGGAUGGUUGGCCGAUAUUACGAAGAUUCCUAGAUACGUAAGGGAUUGUAAUAAUGACCCGAAGUUUUUGCAGGACUUGAUAGAGAAAAUGAGGAGAAAUAGAAAACCUCCAUUUUCAACUAGCAGGUUUAUAUCCGCCUUGAUGGUAGGAUACCUCUGGGGUCAAUUGGUAAUGCUUGCUAUACCAGAAGAUGAGGUUUAUGGUAUCAAUUUAAACACUUAUUUGCAUUGGUUUAUUCCAUUGGCGGUAGCAUUAGGCGUAUGGAUCGUUGGUAACAUCGGAAGAGAACAAGGCAGCCCUAAAGUGACUAUAAUUACUUCAUACUUAUCCUACUUCAGCAGAUGGUACUUCUUCGAUGAGAACAUUUGGCUAACCAUAGUCAUGUUCACAGCGGCCUUCACAUUCGAUACGUACUCAAAGGAAUGGCGAAGGCAACCGAAGAAAAAGAAACCCUUAACUAAGAGAUUGGGUGUUCUGGUUUUCUGUGGGAUUUUGUACAUCGGGCUGUGGUCUUCGUACCUGUACUUUAAUGGAAAGAUUACUGAUUCAAACGGUGACGAAAUUCCUAUACAUGAGGCUUUACAUCACUUCUUUACUAGUCCUUGGUGGACGGAUUUGAAACAGUCGUUGUACGAGACGUAUCAGUACGCACAAGUUCAUGGGUGGUACGAAAUAUGGAAACAAAUAAUAGAAUUAUCCGACCCACAAGGAGAACAAAACUCCUACAAAGUCCUAGGAGUCAGUCCAACAGCUAGUCAACAGGAAAUCACCGCUAGAUGGCGUGCAUUGAGCAGGGAACACCACCCGGACAAAGUAAAAGAUCCGGAAAAACAGAGGGACGCUCAGGAAAGGUUUAUGCAAAUCCAACAGGCCUACGAGAUAUUGUCGAAAAUUAAGAAUAAAAGAAGGAGGAAAAAUAAUAAAUCGGUCAAUUGAUAAUACACAGAGGAAAUAGCAUAUGUAGUGGUGUGAUUUAUGAUAAUAGGCAUAUGUCAAAAUUAACAUAAGGUCCAAAAUUAAGAGAUUAUUAUUGCCAUUUUAUUUAUAUUAUAGGUACCUAUAUGUAAUUAAUGCAUUUGGCUAUAACAGAACGUGACACCAAAAUAGUAUAUUGUUUUAUUAGGAGUAAAAAUUAUACUUUUUGUGGCGAACUGUGCGUUUGACAAGGCGAGCCACAAAAAUUCAUUUUUACUCUAUUUUUUUGAAACGUCUCAAAUAAUUUUUUAAACAAUUUUAAACGUUCCAAAUAAUAUAAAAAGUCGAAAUAUACAGGGUGUUUCAAAAA